CAAACCUUUAUAUAAAGCACGCUUCCGUGCUACUGUCGAGAAUCAUAAAUCAAAGUGCCACUGCUGUGAGUACGUUCACUCGUUCCGGGUAGUCAACCAAUCGUGAUCAUGGCAACUGCAAUCCCUGUGCUACUACUACUGGUAGUUCUAGGUGCCAUCCCAUCGCUAACGGCCUGCGAGCAUGGAUCUCGUGCCGCCCUAGCAUCUAACUGGCUUUCGAUAAUGCCUAACCACUGGAUGUGCGCCAUCCCGAAGAAAUCUACACUCUUCCCGCACUACACCGAUUGUACUCGCUACUACGAGUGUGUCUGUAACGAUGCGUACGAGUACGAAUGUCCGGAAGGGUUAGGCUUUAAUCAGCGCACGCUACGCUGCGAAAAGUCGUCCCACUGUGCUGGCGCUGAAGAGGAAGAGGCGAACCACUCACCCAGCGUGCCGGACCAUGGUCCACUGGACCCGCGCUGUCCAUCGCGCGAAUCGGUAAAGGCGUGGACGGACGAGCAGAACUGCUCCAAGUACUAUCAGUGCGCCGGUGGGCAGGUGUUGGACAUGCACUGUCCCGAAUCGCUAGUGUACGAUAGUGCGGCGAAACGGUGCACCUUGCCGAACCCGGACAAGUGCUGUGCACCGGUACCGGCAGCACCGGUACUGGAGAGGGAGGAAGUACCGGCACCGGUGGAACCGACACCGGAAGAGCAGGAAGAGCAGGAAGAGGUGCAACAACAGGAGGAACAAGCGGAGGAACAAGCGGAGGAGCAAGAGGAAGAGGAGCAGUCCGAAGGGUUCUGGGGUCGGCUGCAGUCUUGGUUCGGUUAAGACGCAAAGAAGGCGCGAUGAUCACCGACUGUUGAACUGCAUUUGCACCAUUAAUAAAGUGGAAUAAUUUAUUUAAAGCAAGAAGAAGUAGUCGAUGUACAGAAAACAUAAAAAAGGGGAAGAGAAUCAAUCAAACAACGCAGUAAAGACCACACAUGCGACACGAUUUGUGUGUUACCCAGAACCGGCUUAUCUGCG